UUCAGUUCUUUAUCCAGUUGUAUUAUUAAUAAUUUAUUUUGAUUUGUAAUUAGCUUGGGUAAUAAAAGCCUUAUAUCAAAGUCAAUACCUAUCCUUGCAUUCGUGUGAUAUAAGUAUUUAUUUUUAUAUUUCUAAAUAACCGUAUUUUCUAUUUAUCUGGCUACAAUAACACAAGUGCUAGUACUUGCGAAUCUUGCGAUUCCGCGAUGCUCUUGCGGGAUUUUGUAAACAAUAUUUUUUUAUAAUUAUGCACCUAUAGUUUUUAAAUAAUAUAAAAUGGAACAAAAUAAUCAAUCUAGAAGAAAUGACUUAGAUAGUUUCCGGAAUGACGAGCCGGGGUUCGACAGGGCUCGCAUGAGAAGACAAUCUGGUGGCUUCGUGGACCUAGGCAAUGAAUCACAAUAUGGUAGUGGUGGUCACCAAGCCUCUGGAGCCAACGAAAUCUUCGCCGAUAUACAGGGUGAUGUGCCUUGGUGGAAAUCUAACUUUUUCAUAUCACAACCAGUGUUAUUUGGCACUUGGGAUGGAGUAUUCACAUCAUGUCUUAUCAAUAUUUUUGGAGUUAUUGUAUUCUUACGAUCCGGCUGGCUUGUUGGCCAGGCCGGCAUAGUUAAUGCCGUAUUUAUAGUUAUUUUUACAGUUUUUGUAGCUCUGAUCUCAGUGUUAUCAGCGGUAGGCAUCUGUGAGAGAUGCAGAAUAGAAAGCGGAGGAGUCUACUUCCUGCUAGCGCACACAUUAGGAUCGAGGAUGGGAGGGUCUCUAGGAAUGGUAUAUUGUUUUGGGCAGGCUGUAGGCUGUGCCUUAAAUGUGUAUGGUUUUGGGGAGUCCAUGGCGAGUUUAGUGAAUGUAUCAGCUGAGAAUCAGUGGCCGGCCCGAGGGUUUGCUAUCGCUGCAUUGAUACUGCUAGCUACUAUAAAUGUAGCGGGAGUGAAAUGGGUCAUAAAAUUGCAAUUUAUAUUAUUGUUGAUCAUCCUUCUAGCUGCUCUUGACUUCUUUGUGGGGUCAUUCACAUCUGUUACUGGUACUGAAUUCAAAGGUUGGAUGGGUGGUACAAUGGCCAACAACACAUGGUCACAAUACGAGCAAGGAAAUUCUUGGUUUACCUGUUUCGGAGUAUUCUUCCCGACCAUCACGGGUAUAUUGGCUGGUAUUAACAUGAGUGGUGACUUGAAAAACCCAUCUGCUAAUAUACCCAGUGGCUCUCUGGCAGCUAUAAGUACCGGAACAUUCCUAUACUUGAUGUUCAUCAUAACUCUAGCAGCAACCGUGACAAGAACGGGCCUUCAGAACAACCUUUCAAUCACAGCUGAUAUUUCUGCUGUGACAGUGUUACUGUUAGCUGGCCUGUAUGUCAGCUCCAUGAGUUCAUGUCUCGGUGCUAUGUAUGGCACACCCAGGGUUCUGCAAAGUAUUGCCAAUGAAAGGGUCAUACCUGGACUAGAAAUUCUGGGUAGAGGUCGAGGCCCGAACAAAGUGCCGAUAUAUUCAAUGGUGGUAGUGGCAAUAGUGACCAUCACGUUUAUCAUUAUUGGGGACAUCAACGCACUCGCGCCCAUCGUCACGAUGCCGUUCCUCAUCACAUACGCUAGCAUUGAUUACUCUUACUUUGCCCUCGCACAGACAUUUGAUUUGCAACACAAACGUGAGAUGAGAUUCCAGGGUCAUUCGCAGAGGGAUACUCAGGUUUAUGGCGCUACUGGCAGCGAUCUCGAUCUGUUGUUCCCUGAGAGGAUUCGUCAUAAAACUGUUGGUGACUUCACACCGUCUCCUACUGACCCAGCGAUAAUGAAUGGAAGGUUAUCAAACGGUGACGCUGUACGGCGACCGAGUGUCAGUGUACACUCGAAAAACAAGAACUGGUACUCGCAUCUCUGUAACAGGUGGCUGUCUCUAUCUGGGGUGGCGAUAAAACUGCUACUAAUGUUUUUGGUGCACUGGAUGUACGCCCUGGGUUGCCUGUCGAUCUUGUGGCUGCUGUGGCUGUACAUCGGCGCUGCCAACCCCGCUGUGAAGCCUGGCCGCGCGUCAGAGUUCCGCUUCUUUCACUGGCUGAAGAUAUCCUUCCUACAGGCUAUUGGCAAGCGGCCGCUGGAAUACGAGCAGCUGGUGGUGACCCCAGUACACGCGGACAUCACAGUGGAACAAGAGCGACUCAACGACGACAACGAAGACUUUGCGUCCCGCCGCCGCUACCACCAGUCCACUGCUCUACAAAGCCACCUCGUCAACGUUGACGCAUAAUGAAACCAUGAUAGCCUUGUUCAGAAAGUGCGUGACUUACCGAUGUAAGUCACACUACGAUUAGUGUCACGGGUUUGAAUCCCGGGUUCGGGUCUAAACCACUGAAUUCGACUUUAUGAGUUUGAAUUCAUGUUUGGAUCAUAGAUUGAUAUCACGCAUUUUCCAGAAUUUAUGGGACUCCGACUCGAUUAAUGGAAAUAGGCUCGCCCCCUACAUGGGACUUAAACAUAGCUGGCGAGGAGUGGAUGUGUGCACUAUACACCUCUGCAUACCCCUUCGGAGACAAAACACAACUUAUGGUUCCAGUAUUCAAUAUGUUGCAGAACAUCACUGGGACAUUAUUUGACAAAAAGAAAGUUACAAUAAGGUUUGACAUGAAAGUGCUAAUUUGGAAAGUAUCCAAAAAUAGGUGUAUUAUUAUUGCAGGUUUAUGUUCUUAGUUACAAAUUGUAGAUGUCAAGCAGGAUUCAAACCUGGGGCCUUAGCCAAGUUGCAAACGAUUACGAUAAUUCAAGCAGCCAAGUAGUGAUCUGAUGCAAACUUACAAUAAUUCACGUCUAAAGAAGAGUCGUGUUUCGUAAUCGUUUUCAACUUGGUUGAAACCGUGUGUGUGUAUAACCACAAGAUGUUUACUCUCGGCACCCUUCACUUCACGCCCAUCAUUACGGCACAAAAGCCAUUCCAUCUAUUUCUUUCCUUCCUUGCUCUUUCUCCUUUGAUGUUUCUUGAGAUUUCGUCAAUAGUCAAUAAGUUUGACAGCGUUUCUUUUCAGUCCUGAAUGCAUUUUAAUGAACUUGUUUAAUCUUUGAUAAUAUUCAGAUUCAGAUACAUUAGUAAGGUAAAAACUGGUAUGGCUGAAAUAAUAAAAAGUAACGAUGAAAUAUGAUUCAUGUGCGUGCUUGUAAAGAAAAUAUGUAAGUAUAUAAUAGGUAUAUUUUUUACUAAUUUAUUUAUUACUUAUGCAUUUACCCUAAUUAAUAACACUUGCUGUGCAUUGAGAUUUGAUAAUCAUAUUGCGUUGACUGAUUGUAAGAAUUUACUGCAGUAGGUACGGUAUAGGGAGCCAACGAAAUACUUUUACUUGUACAUAAUUAUUAUACAUACAUUGUAACUUAUGCCUAGUGCGACACAUAAUUUGUAAGUAACUUAUUUACUCAAAGUUAGUGACCGUUUUAAGUGGAUUUAAUAAAAAUGUUAAAACCUUUUUUUAACUAUUUAUCUUAUUUAUAUUGAUGUCAUUUCUAGUAAUAUAGUUGUAUUGUAAUGUAAAUUAAGUAUUUUUAUACGUAUAUAAAAUAAUACAAUUCUAAAAAUAAG